AAAACCCUUCAUACUUUCACUUAAAUCUACUUAUCUACCUUCUAGAGCUACCUACCUAUAGGUGGAUAAUAUGAUAACAUAACAGGAUGAACUGCUAAAGUAGAAGAGGAAGUCUGUCAGUACUCUUUGAUAAUCAAGAGGGAACAGCGAACAACAAAUCAUAACAACUCCAGGCACAACAAUGAAUGACUCCGACAUUUCCUACGACUACAACUAUGAUGACGAAGUAUGCGAAAAAGACGAAGUGGUCCGAUUCGGCUCCAUUGUAGUUCCUGCUUUCUUCUCAAUCGUGAUCACGCUGAGCCUCGUCGGAAACGUCCUGGUCCUCGUCAUCCUGGCUUUGUACGAGAACCUUAAAUCUCUAACCAACAUUCUCAUUCUCAAUCUGGCCGUGUCUGACCUGGUCUUCACCAGCGGUCUCCCGUUCUGGGCCAUCUACCACAGUCGGGGCUGGCUGUUCCAUAAGACCCUCUGCAAAAUCGUCACUUUUGUCUUCUUCAUCGGGUUUUACAGUAGCGUCCUCUUCCUGACCGUCAUGACCGUCGACAGGUAUCUGACUGUGGUCCGCCCGCUGUCGGACUUGAGGCCAAAAACUGUACGCGCGGGGGUUCUGGUCUCCAUCUUGCUGUGGAUAGUCAGCGUGGGCGCGGCCUUGCCCUCUCUGCUCUUCAGUAAUGUUGUCUUCAUCCCACACAAGGACAAACCGUCCCUGGGUUGCGAGUACGAGGACGAUCUGUGGGCAACGGUCGGCGUUUCCCAGCAGAACGUCUUCUUCUUAGUCGCCUCUGCCGUCAUGGCUUUCUGCUACUGCAAGAUACUGGGCCGAAUCACCAGAACCAGAUCGCACACCAAGAGCCGAGCGGUAAAACUCGUCUUGUGCGUCGUGGUCGUCUUCUUCCUGGGAUGGGUGCCGUAUAAUGUGGUGAUCUUUCUGAGACUUUUAUCGAACAAGUUGGUUCCGCCUUUUGAAGACUGCGACUUAAGUAUCCGACUCGAUUAUGCGUUCUAUGUGUGCCGACUCGUUGCCUUCUCCCACUGCUGUCUCAACCCGGUCUUUUACGCGCUAGUGGGCGUGAGGUUCAGACGUCACCUAAAGACAAUUUUCUUGAAGAUGUUCAGAGGACCGAGGGCUGUCGAGACACAAGAGGGGAGGAUGCAAAACAUAAUCUCACAGGGAUCAAUGUAUUAGAUGGCGUUUCUAUUGUCAAAUAAUUCGAUUUUUUGUGUGUGGAAUGUUUAACAGAUACAUGAUUGUACUUGAAUAAUUUUGCUUUCAAUUGUCUACAAAUGAAUCACAUGGGUAACAUGCAAAUAAAUGUUUUGUUUGAAAGGAUAAGCUUUCAUUGACAUUUGAGAAAAAGAACCUCUAUUGUGUACAAAGAGAGGAAAUUAAUUCUAUGUGCCUUUUUUAACACUACACAGGUGACCUUUGCAAAAAUACAAAGCAUGAAAAAUAAAUUAUUGACAUUCACAUCU